AUGGCAGGGAAGAACGCAGUACGGAUGUGGUUUUUCCUGGAUGCAAGGAGGAGGAAUGAGCUGGUUGCCAUCAGUCCAACUGAAUGCAGCCUCCAGAUUAAAGUCUUAGGGCUGAGAUCUUCAAACCUGCAGAGCCCAAAGAACAAUAAGGAGCAUCACACUUCUGAGAUUGGUUCCCAGAGAUUGUUUGUGCGAAGGGCUCAGGCUUUUGCCAUCACCCUGGAGUUUGACAGAUCCUUCCAUGCAGACACAGACAGGAUCAUCUUCAUUGUUGAGACAGGUCCACAGCCCACGGAGUCACUGGGAACCAAAGUGAGAUUUGUCCCAACCAAGGCCAGAAAUGGGAACCACUGGAGUGCUUUUGAUCUUAGCACAUAUGAGAACACACUCCAGGUGUCCCUGUCUUCUCCAGCUAAUGCCAUCGUUGGUCGCUAUCUUUUGAAAGUAGAGAUCGCUCAUCUAUCAGGCCAGCCUGAAUCUUAUCUGCUUGGGGAGUUCAUCCUACUUUUUAACCCUUGGAGUUCAGAGGAUGAAGUCUACUUACCUAGUCAAACCCAAUUGCAGGAAUAUAUUAUGAUGGACUAUGGAUUCAUUUUUAAGGGACAUGAAAACUGGAUUACUCCAUGGCCUUGGAACUAUGGACAGUUUGAAGAUGACAUUAUAGACAUCUGCUUUGAGAUUCUGGACAGAAACCUGAAUUUCUUAAGAAAUCCCUCAAAGGACUAUUCCCAGAGAAACAGCGUUAUGUAUGUCUGUAGGGUGGUGAGUGCUAUGAUCAACAGCAAUGAUGACAGUGGGGUGUUACAGGGGAACUGGAGUGAGGAUUACUCCAGAGGAGUCAACCCUUUGGAAUGGAAUGGGAGUGUUGCCAUCUUGAGACAGUGGCACGCCACCAGAGGCCAGCCUGUGAAAUACGGGCAAUGCUGGGUCUUUGCAGCAGUGAUGUGCACAGUGAUGAGAUGCCUGGGAGUUCCAACCCGAGUAAUUACCAAUUUUCGAUCCGCACAUAAUACAGAUGGCAACCUGACCAUUGACAUGUUCUACGAUAAACAUGCAGAAAUGAUGCCAUGGGAGAGAAGAGAUAAAAUAUGGAAUUUCCAUGUUUGGAAUGAAUGCUGGAUGACCAGAAAAGAUCUCCCACCGGGAUAUGAUGGAUGGCAGGUCCUAGAUCCAACUCCCCAGGAAACUAGUAGAGGAAUAUUCUGCUGUGGACCAGCCUCUGUCAAAGCUAUCAAAGAAGGGGACAUCCAACUAGCCUAUGACACACCGUUCGUGUUUGCUGAGGUGAAUGCGGAUGAAGUCAUCUGGCUCCAAGACUAUGGUCAAGUGACGGAGAUCCUUUCCCACAACACUAGCGCCAUUGGGAAAAAAAUAAGCACCAAGAUGGUGGGCUCUGACAAACGCCAGGACAUCACCAACUUCUACAAGUACCCUGAAGGAUCAGCAGAAGAACGGUCUGUGUUCAUGAAGGCUUCUCGAAUAUUAUUUGGCUCAACUGGGUCUUCUUAUCCCUACAUGGAACGGACGGACGGCCUGGUUCAGGAAAAACCAGUCAAGCUGCAGCUCAAGCUAGCCAAGACCCCUGAGUGGGGUCAGGACUUAGCAUUUUUGCUGAGGGCCAGGAGACUUCAGGGCUCAGAGAUGGGAAUUAAGCAGCUUCUGCUGCACGUGUGGCUUAGUGCCCAGGCGGUUUUCCACGGAGGCAAUGCCCAAGCCCCACUCUGGAGAGAUCAGUUGAGCUUCAGUUUGGUCCAAGGGGAGGAGAAAGAGUUGCCGAUAACCUUGCCCUUCACCCACUACAAGGACCAGAUAAGUGACGAAAAACUGAUCCGCUUGUCGGGGGUUGUGGAAAUCGAGCAGACCAGGAGGAAGCUGCUGGUGAUCAAAGAUAUCUCCUUGGAGUUGCCCCACUUGACCAUUGAGGUUUUUGGGCAGGCAGCGGUGGGCAAGAAACUCAGAGUCUCCAUCAGCUUCACCAAUACUCAGGAUGAACCACUUAGGAAUUGUGUUUUGAUGCUGGAAGGGAGCGGCUUGAUCGAAGGACAAAAGACAGUUGAGCUGGGCACCUUACAGUCUGGAGAUACCAUGCAAGCCGAAGUAGAGCUAAUCCCCACCAAAGAGGGAGCCAGGCAACUUCAAGUGCUGGUCAGUUGUACCGAGGUCAAGGAGAUCAAAGGCUACAAGGACAUCUUUGUGGCCUCAGCCAGCUCAGCCUGAGCCCUCUUCUCCCCUGGGUCCCUUUUGUCUGCUCCCAUUGGCCCCACCCUGUCCUCCCUCCCCUUUCUUUUCUCUGGUAUGGAAUGAGAUUCCUGUCAGACGCUCUGCUCUCUUGGGAGUGGGCAAUAAAGAUUUAUUUAUUUUUAAUCCAAA